CCUUUUUCUUGGAUAUCAACCUAUCUCAUCGUGGACCACAAGUUGGCCUACAGAUGGUCAGAGCUUCAUCUCGAAUCCUACUAAAAGGCCCACUAGAGAUCAGAGAUUGUCAAGAAACAACAUUCCUGAAAAAAAUAAAAAUCCAUUCUUUGAUUUAUUUCAUAUAUUCCAUGACCAGAAACAGAGGGCUACACGUUAUACAUUUUGCAAAGAAAUAGCACAUUUGUUUCUCAAGAAGAGAUGGGAUGCUCAAUAUUAUUUGACUGAAUAGUUGACCCAGCUCCUUGUUUGAAGAAACCCUUUGCUUCAAUUGGUAUGCUUUUAUGAAAAGAAGAGGUGAUGGAAAGUACUCUCAUUUGAAGAAACUUGAGAAGGCAUCUGAGAACCUGAAACUCUUUAAGGCAGACUUGCUGGAGUACAACACGCUUUGUUCUGCCAUUGCAGGAUGCGAUGGAGUGUUUCAUGUCGCCAGUCCCGUCCCCCCUACCACUGUAGUACCAAAUCCUGAGGUAGAACUAAUGGAGCCUGCUGUGAAGGGCACACUUAAUGUACUGAAGGCAUGUACUGAAGCAAAAGUUAAACGGGUUGUUGUUGUGUCCUCUGGAUCUGCUGUCAUGAGGAAUCCUAGGUGGCCCAAGGGUAAAGUGAAGGAUGAGACUUGCUGGUCUGACAAAGAAUAUUGCCGAACAACUGAGAAUUGGUAUUGUCUUUCUAAAACAGAAGCAGAAACCGAGGCCCUUGAGUAUGCCAAAAAAAGUGGGCUUGAUGUUGUGAGAGUUUGCCCUACCCUCGUUCUAGGGCCAAUCCUGCAGUCCACAAUCAAUGCAAGUAGUUUGGUCCUCAUUAAACUUUUGAAAGAAGGAUAUGAGUCACUGGAAAACAAGCAUCGCAUGAUAGUAGACGCACGUGAUGUAGCUGAAGCUCUGCUUCUUGCUUAUGAGCAGCCCGAAGCUGAAGGAAGAUACAUAUGCACAGCACACAUGAUCAAGAUGCAGGAUUUGGUGGAGAAUUUAAGGAGCAUUUACCCCUAUUACAAUUAUCCAAAGAAUUUUACAGAGGGAGAGGAAACAGAGAACCUGAGCUCAGAGAAACUGCAGAGAUUGGGAUGGAAUUACAGGCCACUGGAAGAAACCCUAGUUGACUCGAUCAAAAGCUACAAAGAGGCUGGCAUCUUGGAUUAGAAAUAACUGACAGUAUCCUGUUUGGUUCGGGCAAUUAUGAUGAUUCCCAAGUAUUCCUGCCUAGGAUUCCCCUUGAUAUUGCAGUUCUGGAUCAUAGAUACCACUAUUCUGCUGUGUAUCUUAUUGAUAUUAUGACUCUUUUUUCUAAGUGAAAUUGAUAUUCUGACUGUAAGUCACUGAUGUUGCACUAUUUGUUGAAUCAGACUACAUGGUUAUGGAAUCCAAACCCAAUUUAGCCCUUUUAUCCCAAAAGCUAGGUAUUUAUGGGACUGAUAUGGGUUCGUCUUUCUACCCUGCACCACUUAAAGUUCAGUUUAGCUUAAACUUCGUAAAAACCAAAUUUAUUUUUUGUUAAACAAAAUGAUGAGAAGUGCACUCAUAUGGAAGGAAAAAAAUCUGCUUGGUUGAAAUAGAAUAGUUGCCGUCCUCAGAAAUGAGGUCCCCUUUUGCCUUGAUAUCAGAGGGGACAGGGACACAUCAUGAAUCAACAGCCUAUCUAGCAUAUGGAUGAAAAAAACCCAAUGAUACCAAUCCAAACAGGUAAAAAAAUAGUCAUUUUAGCUUAAGAGCUCCAUGUUUUGUUUUUAUUUGGUUUUGUCAUUUGUGUGCCCAUUCAGUUAGAAUCACGUGCCUCAUUUUCUUCCUUGGCUGCUAUUUUUCAUGAGCAUGACAUGGAAUUUCGACUCUUCUGCUGAGAAAGUGCAAACAACACUAGUUUAUAUGACACAGCCACUGAUCAAAUCUCAAAGCCAACUGGGUUUUGUGUGCUUCUGAGGAAGAUGGAAGAGAAUGGAGAGAAGCAAAGAGUGUGUGUGACUGGUGCAGGAGGCUAUUCAUGGAUCAUAAAUUUACCCUAUCGAAACAGUCAGAGACCCAUGUGAUGCAAAGAACAGCCAUCUGAAGAAACUGAGAAGGCUUCUGAGAAUCUUCAACUGUUUAAGACAGAUUUGCUGGACUAUGAAGGCCUUUGUGCUGCCUUUGGUGGAUGCUCUGGGGUUUUCCAUGUUGUCAGUCCAGUCCCCAUUGGCCCAGUAUCUAACCCUCUGAUAAGAUUUAUGAAUACAAGAUAAAAGAAAAGAUUCUAGUUUCUCCUUGGAAACAACAAUGUGAAUUGUUUCAUACUCCCUUAAAUUAUCUUCUAUUUAUUUCGUUGACAUAAUUUUACUUUUCCCAUUGUUCAUUCAUUCAUUCAUUCAUUUAUUUCCCCAAAUCACUAAAUCAACCAUCAUUCAGUUUCCAUUCUUUAUUUUUCCUAUGGGGUCUUAUGUGUUGCAGAAUUUUACCCACUUUGAACUGAUUGAACCAGAUAUAACAGGCACACAUAAUCUCCCAAAGGAAUGUGAGAGGGCCAAAGUGAAGAAAGUUGUGGUUCUGUCAUCUGCUGGUGCUGUCACGCUCAACCCAAGUUCCCAACUGGCCUAAAAGUCUGCCCAUGGAUGAAGAAUGUUGGUCUGACCUUGAAUUUUGCAAGGCAACCAAGAAUUAUUGUUACCUUGCAAAACAAUAGCAGACAGUCAAUCAUUGGAAAAUGCAAAGAAAAGCGAGCUCAACAUUGCAACAGUUUGUCCAUCCUUUGUUUUCGGGCCAAUGUUGCUAUCCACAAUGAAUGGCUGCAGCCUAACAUUUAUGAAAGUGUGCGAUGUGGCUGAAGUGAUUCUGUUGGCAUACAAGAACCCUGAUGCAAUAGGAAGAUACAUAUGGUAAUCACACUCAGUCCAAGCACAAGCUUUGGCAGAGAAGUUGAAGAGUAUGUAUCCUAACAACAAUUCCCCAAAAGUUACAUUGAAGAUGAGGUAAAUUAAGUUCAAAGAAGUUGCAGUGGCUGGGAUGGAAGUGUUAGGCCACUGAAAGUGACUAUUAUGGCUGCAGCUAGAAACCAUCAAGAGAAUGGCUUCUUGGCUGAACAACUAGCCAACAAAUUUAGCUGAUAGAGAAGGUUCUGAAAUUAUUAUGGCUGAUAUGAUAUCCCAGAGGGCCCUACUGAAACAUUUUCAAAA